AUCCCUCAUCGGUGCGCUGUACGCCGCUAGUCGGAAAACUCAAUUUACAAAUGCCCCUCGGCACAGCGAGCUCAUGCCACGGCAAUAGUCACUUGUAACACUUUAAAUAAACUAGUGUCACUUUUGACGGAUAUCUAUGACUCCGGAACACAUGGAAUUGAACGGAGAUGCUGACACAAACAGAGAAGAGGUUCCUCUGGCCAGGCGUAGGGGGCACAGGAGAGAGCCACUGAACAUGAACCACUAUGCCAAUAAGAAGAGUGCUGCAGAGAGCAUGCUGGAUGUGGCUCUGCUCAUGGCCAAUGCCUCCCAACUGAAGGCCGUGCUGGAGCAGGGCUCUGAAUUCAACCUCUACAUCCCCCUCAUCAUUCUCAUUAGCAUCUCCCUCAUCCUGCAGGUCAUCGUGGGGGUCCUUCUCAUAUUCAUAGUUAAGUGGAAUCUGAACGACCUGAGCAAGCAGUUCCAACUCAAUGUGUUGGAGAAUAUCACCACUGGAAUGAUCUUCGUCAUCGUGGUUGUAAAUGUCUUCAUCACAGCCUUUGGUGUACAGCAGACCCACUAAAAUACCUCGCAACAGGACAGAAAUGAAAAACAUGCUGUCUAGCAGUCACACAGACAUGAAGAAAAACCCAAGGCUGUAUUUUAUCUCACAAAUAUUGAUGAUGGAGACCCAGAAAACCCUGCAGAGCAUAACCACUAUUAUCAUCAUAUUCCUACCUGAAAGCCAAUGCAGAUAUUGGAAAUGCACGUCUUUUGGUAAUGAGUCAUUAUUUGCGUGUCAAGUUUCACACUGUGCUUGGGGGAGAAAUACAACUUAAACUGAAAACUUGGAGCAAUAGAUUAUUCCAGUAUAAACUUAGUUGAACUUGAA